AUGGAAAAGGAGAAGAAACGGUCGAAGCUCGUUCGCCGAGGGCGAAACAAAGACAGCCCAAGCAACACUUGCGCUACAGUCAACCCACCGACACGUCGAGUGGCCGUCAACACAGGCGGCCAGUGGCCUCAGACCUCCUCAGACCUCGAACCAUAUCAGGCAAACAGCCUGUCAGGAUCCGUUUUCACCAAUCACCCCGCACCUGGUAGCCCGCCAGUGACCAAGCCUAUGAUCCUCACCGGGAUCCCCCAAGUCAGCCUCAACGAAGUGCAUAACGGUGAGCAAACAGCAGACAGCAAUUCGACCCAGACCGCCACAUUCCACGUCGCGAUGAGGAGAGACAAUGACAUGGAAAAGAUUCUGUCGAAUCAGGCCAGGGGUUUUGAAUUUCAUGAUGUCAGCAUGUACCCCGCCAGUUCAGACCUCUGCCCAUUCACGUUCGACCAGAAUGUCAGCGCAUUGAUCCGGAUCGACAAGGGGCUAGUCCAUCAACGGCUCCUUAAUCCCGAGCACCUGUUAUCUCAGCCAUCAGGCAUCAUGCGAUAA